GUUGGAUCUUUGAACGCCUGCUUUCUUGCCAAACGAGGAUUUGAUGUUGAGGUCUAUGAAUCUCGGGAAGAUAUUCGGCAGGCUAAAGUUGUGAAGGGUCGAAGCAUCAACUUGGCCCUUUCCCACAGGGGACGGCAGGCCUUAAAACAUGUGGGGAUGGAGGAUAAGAUCGUCUCUAAAGGUAUCCCAAUGCAUGCUCGCAUGAUCCAUAAUGUGAAUGGAAAACGUUCUCCAAUACCCUACGGAAAGAAGGGACAG